CUCUCUCCCUCCCCCUCUUCCUGUGGAUGGAUGAAGGGAAGCAGGACUGGGUUUUGUGGCCGUCCUCCUGCAGUCGGAGCGGUUUGCUGAGCGGAGCCUGGACGGGGACUUUUCACACGGWGGCUGAAAAUGAGCGGAGGACUGAUUAUUGAUCAGCUGCGCGAGGCUUGAAUCCACUCAGAAACCCCAUGGAGCAGGAUGUGGAGAGCCCAGCCGUCAGGAAGCCCAAGCUGCCGAAGCAGGCCCGAGAGGACCUGCCCAAGCAGCUGGCAGAGAUAGACCGAGCCAAGAGGAUCCAGCGGUACGUCCAGAAAGACGGGAAGUGCAACGUCCACCACGGGAACGUUCGGGAGACGUAUCGUUACCUGACGGACAUCUUCACCACCCUGGUAGACCUCAAAUGGAGGUUCAACCUCUUCAUCUUCGUGUUGGUGUACACGGUGACGUGGCUCUUCUUCGGCCUGAUGUGGUGGCUCAUCGCUUACCUCCGAGGCGACCUGGAACAUUUAGCGGAUAACCAGUGGACUCCGUGCGUCAAUAACCUCAACGGGUUUGUAUCAGCGUUUCUGUUCUCCAUUGAGACAGAAACCACCAUCGGGUAUGGAUACAGAGUAAUCACGGACAAAUGCCCCGAGGGGAUCGUUCUGCUUUUAGUCCAGUCGGUGCUGGGAUCUAUCGUGAACGCCUUCAUGGUGGGUUGCAUGUUCGUUAAGAUCUCGCAGCCCAAGAAGCGAGCUGAGACACUAGUGUUUUCCACCAACGCCGUCAUCUCAAUGAGAGACGGGAGGCUGUGCCUGAUGUUCAGAGUCGGAGACCUCCGAAACUCACACAUCGUGGAGGCUUCGAUCAGAGCCAAGCUGAUCAAGUCGAAGCAAACCAAGGAAGGGGAGUUCAUCCCCCUGAACCAGACGGACAUUAAUGUGGGUUACAACACGGGAGACGACAGGCUCUUCCUUGUGUCGCCGCUCAUCAUCUGCCACGAGAUCAACCAGCACAGCCCCUUCUGGGAGAUUUCACAGGCCCACCUGGCCAAGGAGGAGCUGGAGAUCGUUGUCAUCCUAGAGGGGAUGGUGGAGGCCACAGGGAUGACCUGCCAGGCCAGGAGCUCCUACAUCAGCAGUGAGAUCAAAUGGGGCUACCGCUUCAUGCCUGUCCUGACGCUGGAGGACGGCUUCUACGAGGUGGACUACAACAGUUUCCACGAAGUCUACGAGACAAACACACCCACCUGCAGUGCCAAAGAGCUCUCAGACAUGGCCAACCGUGCCCGUCUACCCCUCACCUGGUCACUGGCCAGCAAGCUGAGCCAGCAAGGGCUGCCGGAGUCCGAACAGGAGGGCCAGGAGACAAAAACCAAGGUGGACAAUGAGGACAAGGCACAGACGGCAGAGAGGAAUGGGGAUAUUGCCAACUUGGAGAGCGAGUCCAAAGUGUAGCGAGUGCCGUGCUCGCUGGUUUUAUGUACUGUACCUGCAGGGGAAGACCCCACUACGAGGACCAAGGAGCACAGUAGACCAAGUAAUCCUUCACAUAGAACCACUUUUUCUCAGUGAUUUACACUCACCCUGAAAAUCAGUCAACACAGACACGWGGCCCACCGCUGGACUUGGAAACCUUCUGCGGAAAGUGCAUGUUUCAGAUAUAAUGUGAUGUCCUCCUGAUGAGAUUCCUAUUAUUUUUUCUAUUCAAAUAUUCCUAGGGGCAUUUGCAUAAGUAUUUUUGUACAUACUAUAAACAGUUUUGGAUUCUUUGUUUUGUUGCUGUGUGAAUAUUUAAAUGAUGUUUGAUACUAAUAACCUUUAGGUUAGUUCUGUAUAUAUUCCAUGCCUUACUGUAUGUACAGUAUAAAGCUUUCAAUAUUUGUUUUUCAGAACUAUAUCUACGCAUGUAUAAACUUUAUCUGCCGUUAAUUUAUCCUGUACUCUGUAAAUACUGUAUGACAACAAUAUAAGAAAAAAAAUCAUACGUUUCAAUGGAUGCAAACUAGUUUAAACCAAUGAGGAAUUCUUCCCCGAACGACAAGUGUUUUACAGUAGAACUACUCGAAGCCAUGACUUGCUGUUUACAGCUGACCGACUUCAGACAAACGGCCCUUUAAAACUGCAUUUUGUCACUUUUUUGCACAAUGGAGACUCCUCGUUUGGUGGAGAAUGUUAGUUGAGUCUCCAGAAAUCCCUCAUAUGUCACCUAAAAUCAACAACAACAAAUAAACUGUAAGUUGCCUAUUAUGCACCUGA